AUGUCAAGUACAGGCGCACCCACACGGAGCAAUCGGCAGCAAUGCUGGGACUCGCGCGAUGCAUAUUAUGCCUGUCUUACGAAGCAUUCGAUCCAAGUUCCCCCCGGCACUGACAUGACAGGCACGAAAGGCCCCCUUGGUUCUGGCGCGUUUGCUGAGCCUCGAAGAUCGGAAGAUGAGCGUAUGCGAAUCACAAUGGCAGAGCGUGAUGCUGAUCCUUGUGCUGAGCUGCGAAACGUGUACGAGGGUAGCUGUGCGCAGAGUUGGAUUGAAUACUUCAACAAGCGACGCGUGCUAGAAGAGCGCCAGAAAGCCUUCUACGCCAUGGCUGAAGCUAAUGCAGCAAAGCGCCAAGCUAUGUGA